CAAUCAAAAUUAUUAAUUAAUGUGUAUACCAUUUAUAAAGUUAGUCAAUAUUUUUGUAAAAAGAAAAAAAAAAUAUGUGAAAACGUUAAAAGAAAUUAUUAUGUUUAGUGUGUAAGCGGUGCUAUGUGUAAACUUUUUGGUGCCAUUUAAAUAUUUUAGUCAGCACUGUGUUUUACCUGAUCUUAGUUUAAUUGUUUUGUUACAAAUAAUAGUAGGUACUGUUCUUGCAACACACAUUAGUAGGCUCAAUUUUCUAUAUAAAUAUAAUAUGUAUAAAACGUAACAAUGAUGACCACAGGGCAGACAUAUUUUCAUUGAAAUUAUAUUCGAGAGCUUACAUAUUUUAUAUUUUUGACCAUUGUAACAUAAUACAGGGUUCGUUUAUGGAAAGUUAACAAACAAAAUUAAAAUUAAUAAAAGGGUUUAAUUGAAUAUUAUUUUAUUUUUUCUAGUUUUUCAACACUUAUUAUUAUUUUCUCGUUAUUCUUAACACUUGUUGUAUAUUCAUAUUAUGUACUGAUUGUAAAUUUAACAUAUUAGGGCAUGUUUGUUAAGGUAUAUAAUAUAAUAUAUAUAUUAUAUAUAUAAAUAUAAAUAUAAAAUACUCAUUUUGUUGUUAUAUAAUACUUUUUUUCAUUUUUUAAAUAUAAAUCGAACAGUGCACAAUGAUUUUUAUUUUUUAGUUUUACCAACAUUUGUGUACCCCAGCAUUAUUUUAGUAUCGUUUGUUUGUUCUUUUUUUUUCUGCUAACAUUAACAUACAGUACUUUAUAAAAAUGGCAAGGCCGAAAGUGCAAUAAAAUAAUUUAUACUAUGUACAAAUUUUUAAGUUAAAUCAAAAAAGAAAUCACGUUUACAAGCCGUUUUUAUUAUUUUAUUUUAGAUUUUUUUUUUUUUUGUUUUUCUUUUGUUUAUCAUUUGUAUAUUGAUUGCCAAAAAAUAUAGGUUAUAUUAUAUUUUGCGUCUACGAUUUUUUUUGUUGUUCGGUUGCCAUUCGUGUGGCCAGCAACGCAAUGGGUGACUUUAAAGUUUGACGAUGUACUUUUUAAUCUCGUUAAGUGAAAAAGGUCUGAGAGUCGAAUAGUAGACGGCCGCUGGUCACCACACCCAUAUAAUCGAAAAUUACAUUUCCCCGCGUGUGUAGUCCGUCGCGCACAUUCCGCCCAGUUGGCGAAAAAUCAAAAAAAGGUAUUAAAAAGGCAGCCGCCGAUUUCCCGUCCUCCGGUGCCGCCCGUCGCGUGACUUGACGCUCUUGUUUGCGAGGUGGUGCACCUGCCGCUCUCCAAGGAGCUCGGUCGGUUUCAUUGCUCGGCCCGUUCGAAUACUCGUUUGUACUUCACUGUGCACGGACGACGUUCGGUUAGCCCUCUCGUGCCGACAAGAUUUCUCACGAAUUCAUUACUAGUAUUUCGGUCCGAGACCGAUCUCGCCGCGGAUUUAUGGUCUUCUCGUGUCCGCUCUCAUAGCGGCGCGACGUGCAGUGUAGCUCCACGGGCGGCGGCGACGCUAUGGGCAACAAGGCGAUGACUUUCACCGAAUCGCAGCUCGAAGACUACCAGGACUGCACUUUUUUCACCAGGAAGGAAAUACUUAGAGUGUAUAAAAGAUACAGAGCGAUUUGUCCCGAAGUGGUGCCCAAGAAAAUGACCGGAGACGAACCAGUGAAAAUCCGUGUCCCACAGGAACGAAUUGAACAGUUGCCAGAACUUAAGGAAAACCCAUUUAAAGAACGCAUAUGCCAGGUAUUCUCAAAAGAAGGCAACGGGUCAUUGAGUUUUGAAGAUUUUUUAGACUUGUUGUCGGUGUUCAGCGAACAGGCUCCUAGGCAAAUCAAAGUGUACUACGCCUUUAAGAUUUAUGAUUUCGACGACGACCAUCACAUCGGACCGGCUGACCUUGAACAAGUGCUGAAGCUGUUGACGCGCAGUCAAUUGUCGGCUGAGGAGAUCGUUCAGGUGUGCGAAAAAGUCAUUGAAGAAGCAGACGUAGACGGAGACGGAAAAUUGUCGUAUAUGGAAUUCGAACACGUUAUACUAAGAGCACCGGAUUUUUUGGGCACUUUUCACAUCAGAGUGUAGACAAACGUCACACAUCAAUUUCAAUUA